GAGCAAAACCUAGCUUCUUUCCCGAUUCCGGUAAGUAGGGCUUAACCUUUUUUCAUUUCGAACACAUAUCAAAUCAAUCGGUGAAUUUUGACUGCUUAAUUCAGGUUUAUGCUUGGCUGUGGGUGAUGUAAUAGUCGUGUAGCUGAGAGGUAGAAGAAAUGGAAAGCCGGAAGCCUAAAAUGUUCUUCUUAGGAAAUCAUGUGGACAUGUGGAGAGAGUAAUAUGAGAGCCUUUGAGCUAAAUAAAUCUCUGUAGGCCACAUCUACAGGAAUUCGAUAUGUUUUAUGGUGUUCUUUGAUAUGUCUAGUAGGCAAGAUUCAGAUAUUGAUGAUGAUUUCAGUGAUCUUUACAAGGAAUAUACUGGCCCUGUUAGAUCCAACACAACGAAGGCACAAGAUAAAAUUGUGACAGAAAAAAGGCCUCAUGUUGGUUCAGAUGAGGAAGAAGAGGAUACCCGCGACCCCAAUGCUGUGCCGACAGAUUUUACUAGCAGGGAAGCGAAGGUUUGGGAAGCUAAAUCCAAAGCUACUGAGCGAAACUGGAAGAAACGGAAGGAGGAAGAAAUGAUUUGUAAAAUAUGUGGAGAGUCAGGCCACUUUACUCAGGGAUGUCCAUCUACUCUCGGAGCGAGUCGCAAGUCUCAAGAUUUCUUUGAGAGAGUGCCUGCAAGGGAAAGCCAUGUGAAAGCUUUGUUCACCGAGAAAGUUAUAAAUCAAAUUGAGAAGGAUGUUGGCUGCAAAAUCAAAAUGGAGGAGAAGUUUAUUAUAGUCAGUGGGAAGGACAGAUUGAUCCUAAGAAAAGGAGUGGAUGCUGUACAUAAAAUUAAAGAAGACGCCGACAAAAAGGGUCCUUCUAGUUCUCAGGUGUCCAGAUCAAGGUCACCUGAGCGCCGAAGUCCUGUUAGCGCUCGUAUGGCACGUUCUGAUUCUCAGAGAUCCAAUCACAGCCCUCAGAGUGCAUCACAGUUACACCAUAGGUACGGAAGACAAGAGAAGGUUGUUGAUGAUCGCGGUCAUGAUGAUUUUCACAAGAUUGCAAGGGGUAGUUCACAAGCUUAUGGUAAUGAUGGAGCUAGAGGUCGAUCAAGCCUGUCAAAGUCUCCGGCACGUGCUGCUUAUAUGAGUAACUCGUAUAAUUCAUAUGAUGGUCAUGGUCAGGGCAGGGGUGUCUCCCGGUCUGAUGGUUGGGAUGCGAGUAGACGUGAUUCUGACAUGAAAUCUAACCGUGAUUUUGACCGCCCCUCUGUUCCACAAUCCUUGGAGAGUGUUGAAUUGGAAUACCAAAAGGAUGCCAUAGAUCUAGGAAGAAUUCGGGACAAGGAAGAAGAUGAAGAAAAUCACAAGCAUAGAGAGGCCAUCAGAGAUGUAAGAGAGAACUACAUGAAGAAAUUGGCCAUCCUUAGAGUUGAACAUGCAAAGCAAUGGGAAGAGUUUCUUCAAAUUGAUGCAGUUAGGAGGCAACAGCUGGCAGGACAACGAAUGCCAGCCUCUGGGUUUGGCGGUUAUAAUCAACAGAGUUAUCAAGAGUAUGAGAACUCUGCAGGUAAUCCACAUUAUUCUGGACCCAACAUACCAAUGGAACCAAGGGGAAGGUAUCCAAACCCUAUGGAUAACUACCAUCCAUCAAGACCACAUGACAGUUAUGAUGACUUUCAGCGUCAGAGGCGUGAUGACUUUGGGAAAGCCUAUAAUCGAUACUAGAUGGAUAGAUUGGAGUUUUUUUGUGGACUUCAAAACUUUCAGGAUGCAAGUUGGUGGAGUCCACAGGUUCACUGCGAUGAAUCAGUCUGCGCAAGUCAUGUUUGGAGAUAUAGAAACAUCAUGAGAGAUGCUGAGUAUGGUACCGUAGAUGUUGUAAAGACAAUUGAAAUAGGGUUCUUAUGUGGGGUUAGUGGUGGUACAUUUAUCUAGACUAGUGAAGUUUGAAUUCUGGCGUGAGAUUUGGAAAUUCUUAAUACCAUGGUAUACUUGCCUGCUUUUGCAUAUGCAUCAAGAAGCUUUUGAUCAAA